UCGGCAAAAAGCUGUCCUUCUAUAUUUCCUUUCCGGAGUCACAUCAUAGACACCAGAUGAUCUCCAGUUCGCAUGCAUUGCAUAUCUUCAUUCCUUUCAAGACGACGGACUUGGAUUUUAUCACUAGAUGGUUACACAACCAGACUCUUCCGGGAUGUGGCCCCACGUGUAAACGGACCCUUAACACUAACCUCAACCGCACAACGAUGAAGGUUACACAUCCUGACUUUAUCCGUUACGUCUUUGCAAACUACAUGGACACUUCAUUAUCUUAUCGACCAACCACAGGGGCGAUGACAACAUUCCUGGCCAUCCAACUAUGCGACGUUGUGAACAUGUACGGCUUUGGUUAUGAUCCACGAUUCCCUAUGCACUACUACGACCAUCGCAGCAUCCCAGAUCAGCGUGAAGACGGGGAAAUAAAGGAGGGAGCUCAUGACUACAGUGAGGAGAGACGUCUGUGGGAGAAACUUCACGCGGAAAACAUCAUCUUCUGGCACAGUCGUCAAAAUGAAACUGUCGAAGCAGACAUGGCUUAGUGGAAACAUUCAUCCUCAAAUAUUACUGCAGACAUAAACGAAAAACCAUUCCAGACAAAUUGUUUUAGUUUUUUUUGUUUGGUUUGGUUUAUUGAGAUUUCCGUAUCUGUAUUAGUAUAGCCGGUAUAAACG